CACCCAUGCAUGGCCCCUUUUUUCGGGCACAACCGCUGCAACCUUCAACACUUCCAAGAAUCGAAUACGAUCCGCUUCUGAUGCCGGAUAUCUCGUCGUUAUCGCAGCGGCGGGUGAUGACGACAUUGACGGCGAGCGUGAAAAUGCCAAAGUCCAAAGAUCGUGUCCGUAUAGAAUUGGAUAGAGAGGACACUGUUGGGAAGCUGAAGGAGAAGAUUGCGGCGCACGAAGACAUGCAAGGUGUGCCUGUGGAUAGGAUCGCGCUGCAGUUGCAUUCAAUGCGCCAGGAAUUGAACGACCACGUGGCUCUGCAAGAUUAUUCAGUCAUAGACAAUCCUGAGAUUGAUGUGUUCUUGAAGCCGGCUCUUCCUGCGGCCGGCCGCGGAAGAACGCAGUCUGGGAAGCUGAAAGUGAAGGUGUUGCCGAUGCUAACAAAUGAAAGGAUCGAGAUAGAGGUGUUUCCUCUGGACACGGUGUCCGUGUUGAAACCGAAGCUGGAAGAGUUGCAGCGGAGGCUACGGUUCCGUCUUCCGGAAGGUAACGGUUAUUUUUUCAUUCACAGACAACAAGAUAUGCAUGAAGACAAAUCAUUUCAUUGGCACGGAGUUAGAGAUGGUGAUACCAUUGAAACUUUUGAUGGAUUCAUUAUAACAAACUCAUCAUCUUAAUUCCUUCUGUUUAAUUCUUUUAUAAUAACCAGAGUAAAUACAACCAGCGGAU